UCUUCUUCCUUCCUUCCUUCCUUCCUCCCUCGUCUUCUUCUUCUCCUCAACCACAUUUCUCUUUGUUCCUUUCCCUUCCUUCGCCUGGACAAACCUUUAUCCCAUCUUCCUCUCCGCCUUUUCUUCACCUUUAUCAUUGUUAGCCAUGUUCGUCACGAAGCUUUUCUCACGCUCCUCCCGCACCAUUCUUCGCAGCUCGCUGCUCUCGUCGGCCCCUCAAUCCGACAAACCCAUUCACUUCCCAAUUCUCACUAAUCGAUUGCACUCUCUUGCUAACCAAUCAAAAGACAAGGAAUCAACGUUAUAUCGUUCAUUUUUUCUUCAAAAACAUGGAUUAUCAACAUCUGCAUCCCCUGAGACUUCUAAUAAGGAAAAUGGCAAUACAGUUCCAAGGAAUGGGGGCUCUAAAACUAAUGCAGAGCCAACGGCUGAAACUAAUGGUCGAACCGGAGAAUCAGAUUCUGAUAGCGAUGACAAUCUUUCCAUGGAUGAUCUGGUGAAAGUUGUAGCUGAGAAGGAAGAGCUUUUGAAGGUAAAGCACAAAGAGAUUGAACAAAUGCAAGAUAAGGUUAUUCGCACUUACGCAGAGAUGGAGAAUGUGAUGGCCAGGACAAAGCGUGAAGCUGAGAAUUCGAAGAAGUUUGCUAUACAGAACUUUGCAAAGAGUUUGCUGGACGUUGCAGACAAUCUAGGACGAGCUUCAUCCGUAGUCAAGGGAAGUUUCUCAAAGAUUGAUUCAACUAAUGACUCUUCAGGGGCAGUACCCUUACUGAAAACACUUAUUGACGGUGUUGAAAUGACGGAGAAACAGCUGUCUGAGGUGUUAAAGAAGUAUGGAGUGGAAAUGUUUGAUCCUACAAAUGAGCCAUUUGAUCCACAUAGGCACAAUGCAGUUUUUCAAGUACCAGAUGGUUCUAAGGCACCUGGUACUGUUGCAGCUGUAUUGAAGAAAGGGUACAUGCUUCAUGAGCGAGUACUUCGACCUGCCGAAGUUGGUGUUACAAAAGCCGUGGAGAAUGAGGAUGGUGCAACGGGUGACGCAACCGAGAAGGGAUCUCAAGGUUGAAUUUGAAGGAUUGGAAGGAUGGAUAUUUUGGUAUAAAAAGAGAAGUUUUGCUAUACGGAAUCUUCUAUGGAAGAGGAGAUGCCUAAUCUAGACUUGUUAGAUUGGACAGGGAAAGAAAAACAAUUCAUUGCUUGGAUAAAAUUUGAUUUCGUUAUGUAUUUACAGAGAGAUAUGAGAGUAUUUCCAUGAUUUCCUGUCAGCUCAAAUUCAGAAUAUGCAAACACUUUCUUUGAGGCAUUUUUUUUGUCAAAAAGUUAACAAAGGGCUUUCUGUCAAAGAUGAACAGAAACAGAAUGAUGCCUACAUUUUAACAGCAGGAGCAAUUUAUAAUCUAUACUAAAUAUAAAUAGAUGUUGCUGGGGAUUUACUUUAUUUUUGUUUA